CGCUUCCGCGGGGCGGCUCCGCCAUGGCCGCGGGCCGCUCCCCGCCCACCUUCCUGUUGCUGGGGGCGGCGGGCGGCGGGAAGAGCCUCCUGGUGCGGCGGCUGCGGCAGCUGAGCGCCGAGGAGCCCGCGGAGCUGGGCGAGCCCCCCGCCACGCUGCCCACGGUGGGCACCAACCUGACGGACCUGCGGCUGCCGCGGAAGGUGACCGUGCGGGAGCUGGGCGGCUGCAUGGGCCCCAUCUGGCCCAGCUACUACGGCGAGUGCAGCGCUCUCCUGUUCGUGGUGGAUGCCUCCAACCCCACCCAGGUCUCCUCGUCCUGCAUCCAGCUGCUCUCGGUCCUCUCCGCAGCGCCGCUCGCCUCUGUGCCCGUCCUGGUGCUUUUCAACAAGAUUGACCUGCCCUGCUACAUGUCGCUGGUGGAGAUGAAGUCGCUGUUCCGCAUGCAGGACAUCGUGUCCUGUGCCACGCAGCCCAUCACCAUGCUGGAGACCAGCGCCCGCGACGGCACCGGCCUGGCCGAGGUCCUGCAGUGGCUCCGGAGUGCCCUCAAAGAGGCCUGCUGACCCCAGCCCUACAGCCCGGGACACUCCUGUCACUCAAGGAGGUGGCCAAGGAGCAGCUGCCCUGCCUGGGACUCGGAGCAGAGCCCAGGACAGUGCCUUGGGCUGUUGAAGGACUGGAUCCCUGUGGGACGUGACAGUAAAACUCCCACCACACAGUC